AAAUGUCGUCGAGUUCAGCAACAUAUUUCAGCGAGUCAAACAAGAAGGGAGAAGUAAGUGAACUGAAGAAGAGUUUGCAGUCUCCAGAAGUGCAGCGCGAUGCUGUUCAGUACAAGAAAGUUAUUCAAAAAGUGAUAGAAUGCAUGACUUUAGGCAUGGAUCUCUCAUCUUUGUUUAUGGAUAUGAUAAAGGUAUGAUCAUGAGAUUAUUGUAAAAUUGACUUUCCUUAAGCUACUCUCCUUCCUCUGGAUAUGGGGUAACUGCAGAAUACCUGGCCACAUCUAGGCUAUACCCCUUAAAUAACAGUGGCUACAGGGCUGCAUAGUGGCUACUGAGCUAUGCGUCCUUGCAGCUACUACAGGGCUAUGUGGCUAGUCAUUUGUAGUACUCUCCUUCCUCUAAGUAUGGGGUAACUGUAGAAUACCCGGCCACAUCAAGGUUAUAUCCCUUAAAUAACAGUGGCUAUAGGGCUAUUAAAAUAACAGUGCUACGUGACUACCUAAAAACUUCGUGUAUAAGACUGCAUAAGUGGCUUUACAUGAUUUUGAAAAAAAAAAAAAAAAAUGCGCUUUUGUAAAAAAAAGGUGAUCGUUUGUUGCAUCAAAAUGUUCACAAAUAAACUUGAGGGUUGUGUAUUUGUGACAUUUUAAAUAAGUUAAUCAACUCUGAAAAUACCUUUUAAAAGGUCAUUUGAAAGACAACAGUUCUCUCCUUCCUCUGAAAGAAAAUGGAACGAUGGGGGAAAAUAAAGCGAAAAAACCAUCGAUCGGGAAAAGCUUGUUGCUAAGAAGUUAAACAACCCAAUGGACAAACACGUGAAAUCAAGGCCAUUUUAUAUCCCUUGGGGGAAAAAUCGCAAAACACUGUGGCUAUGCGGAGGAAAGGAGGGCAGUUAGAGUUUAACUGCUGGGCGGAUGAAACGCUUAAAAGAACUACUGGCGAGCAAGAUUCAGGUAUAGAACCUGCAGAUGCAAACAAAGCCUUUAGGAGCCACCAGCUGAAACAAUGAUGAGCGACAGGUUUCAAUAUGUUUAAUCUUUAUUUACUGAAGGAUUUCAGUUCAAUUUUGACCCCUACAAGCCACUACAUUUCUAGUGCUCGAUUUUUGACUCAAAAUUUUUGCUUAUAUGUACAUUUCUAGUGCUCUACUUUGCUAUGCAGCUACGUGGCUAUGUAUGCGGACCAGUGGCUAAAAGAAUGAGGUAUGUUGGAGAAACUUAGAAUCACGCUUCAGCAAAGGGCAAACGGCAGAUUCAAGUGGAGAAUUUCUCAAAAUAUGAAAUAAGCAGAUAAAAAGAGUUCAAAACAAUUCAGAACUAACAACAAACUACUAUUUUUUUGGAGAAUUAAUAGAAAGUAAAAUACAAGUAAAGGGGAACCUUGAUCACAUGGUACAAAUUUAUGUUUACUGUUUGCCAUAAACGUGACUCUGAAUCGCACUAUAAAAUCGUGGCUACUCAGCUACAUUGCUAACGUAGCCACGUAACCCCUUGUUUAGUAGUAUGGCUUUGUUCAAAGUGGCUGGGUAUUCUGCAUUUAAGCCCUGGAUACCCUCUUUAGCUUUAUCGGUUAAAGGGUAUGAGUCCUCUUCAGCCUCAGAGAGAGAAGGAGUAAGUACUGGUAUUUAUAUUUUCCUGGAAAUCUAGAUCUGGGGAGAUUUGAAAUCUGGAGACUUUCUCUUUGGCAGAUCUCCUCCUCCCCACCCUGCACAUGUACACACAGAAAGAAACUCAGUCCUCAAAUCACUUUGUCAUGGUGGACUGUUAAAAAUCUAAAUAUCAGAGUCUGCCUCCACAACGGAAUUGUCAAAAUAACCUUUACCUUGAUGAAAGGCCCAAAAACUGCUUCGAGAAACUUAACGAAGAACUUUAAAAUCCCCCUUUUUUUAAAUGACAUAUUUGGAGCUAAAUUCUGGACUAUAGUAUGGAACCUGCAAAAGACAUUUUUCAUAGGAGAUGUUGAUGCAUGUUUCACAUAAUCCAUUAUAGGUUGGUAAUGGAAGUUACAGUAGCCCGGUCCCUUUUCCCUUUAGUUGUUUUUUUUAAGUAGGGUUUGCAGAGAUAAGCUGUUAAAAAUGAUCAAGUCUCCAGAUAUUCAGAGUAUCUUGGUUUCAUCAAAGUACAAUAAUUUGCAUGUGUAUUUUGACUCUUAACAUGCAGGCCGGAGCUACUCAUGACCUUGUUCAGAAGAAGCUUGUGUACUUGUACAUCUGUAGUUAUGCUACAUCCAAUCCUGACCUGGCCCUUUUAACAGUGAACACCAUGAGGAAAGACUGUCAAGACAGGAGUGCCAUGGUCAGAGGUCUUGCCCUUAGAAGUAUGUGCUCUUUAAGGUGAGGUUUGCUGGUACAGUCAAACCCUGUUAAUAAAGACCGACACUGAAGGAAGGGGCCAUAGAAAGUGUCCGCUUUAUUAACAGGGUGUCCAUGUAAGUCAAAAAACACUUUUUAUUAGAACCAAAUACGAAAGAAAUAACAGAUAGAUUAAAUCCAUGGAAACACUCUAAAAUCACUCAUCUAUGUAUUACUUAAUCAAAAAAACUUUUGAGAAUCGAGUCUCGAGAAUCAAUUCUUGUGUCUCGAGAGUUGAGUGCAGAAAUAUAAUGAGCUUGACUGAUUGACUGACUUGACUAACAAAUUUAUCAAACAGACCGCUUUCUGUUUUAAGAAUCGUGAAGUACGUGCUGCAGACUGUGACAAAUGGCUUUUGCAAUCCUUGCUUACUUCCAUGGUAAAACAAAAUUUGUGCUCUUGAAACAUAUCCCACACAAAGGAUGAAUGGUUACCAUGGUUACCCUUCAAGUAGCAACUACCCCACUUACACGGACCUUGAUUUCACGUACUGUUGAAGUGUAAGCUUGAGAAGCUGAAGUUUACUAGACACAACAAAGUGCAGGUCAAUAAUAAUAUUGCUUUGACAAACUAGAUGCAAGCAAAAUUAAAAGCAUGGAGACUUAAUAGAGGUGGCAUAGAGUUGAACACACACAUUACUUGGAGCUGUCUUUCAUACUUGUUAAUUUAAGCUGUUUUUCCUUUGUUUUUCUUGAUACAGGCUUCCUGAUCUGGUAGAAUAUAUUGUAGAACCACUCCUUACUGGCCUGAGUGACAAUAGUUCUUAUGUUCGCCGAGCUGCUGUCUUGGGAUGCAUUAAAUUGUUCCAUCUAAUUCCUGAUUUUGUUGAAGGUAGUACAAGUGAAAAUGUCAAAAUGUGUUUUCAAGUUGUGACUUAGAACAAAUUAUGGCAAAUUCAGUUUUGCAUAUAUAUGCGGAGGCUGAUUUUUGGAACAAAAUAACUCUCAUAGUAAACAAUGAUCAAGAAUGCAGUAUUCUCUUUAAAUUUCUUGAAAAGGAGUAAAAGAAUAUCUGCUAACAUCCAAAGCCUCAGAUUGACUUCCUUGUAAGUUAUCUCUGAAGGAAGUAAAUGAGAUAAUUUAGAUGCUUUUUUUCAAUUAACAGAUAAUGGAAUAGUUGAGAAACUUGUUAGAUUGAUUCAGGACCCAGAUCCCCAGGUUUGUGUAACUUCUGUUUAUUUUGUAGGAUGAUGCCUGAAAGAAACACUGAUCAUCAGGGCCCGGGCUCAUUAGUGUUAAUCCAGGAUUAAAAUUUUGCUGUGUUUUUGUAUUUGACAUUCCCAAGCAUUGCUUAGGUUAACAUUUUGAGUUAUCAUUGCUGUAUCUCUUGGUAAAGGCUCAACAGUAUUUUUAAAAGUUUUGCUUGUGUUCUUUUGUUUUCUGUAGGUGGUAUGUAACUCUCUUUUAGCACUGGAUGAAAUCCUAGCAGCCGAAGGUGGUGUGCAACUGCAAAAAAUAGCAGCUCAUCAUUUGCUGAAAAGGUAGGCAUUUCCCACUUGUGAAAUUACCGUAACUGUCCUUUUAAAGUUCAAGUUAGAAUUUUAAUUUGUUUUAAAUAUAAUUUAACUCUUAGUCUAAAGUAGAAUUUGCUUCAUGAGUAUUUUGAUUGAAAGAAGUAAUUUGAUUUGCCACUAUAUAUAAUUUAUAUUUUCCAACAGGUUUAAAGCCUUUAGUGGCUGGGGACAAAGUAUGAUAAUGGAGCUAUUGUUGCGCUAUAAGCCAAAGGAUACAGAGGAAUUAUUUGACGUCCUGGUGAAUGAUUACUAAAUAAAGUUGCUGUGUUAACUCAGUAUUAAUUAUUAUAAUGAUAAAAUGGUUAAGGAUAGGGUUAGUGCGAUCCAGUCCAAUCCAGCUUUUACCAACAUGCUCAGAUUAUUAGCUGUCAUGAGUAGUGGUGUAACGAUUAAUCGAAUUCUCAAUUAGUCGCGAUUAUGACUGUUCAGUUCAAUUCACAAUUGUUUGCUUCCACUUUUCGAUUUUGGUUCAAAUUUUGCACACCUUUUCCAUGGUGCCCUCAGUGAGUUAUUGUAUUGUAAAAUCAGAAUCCAGAACUCUUUAAAAUGUACGUUGUUGAUUGACGAGCAAAGACAAUAGGAGUUCGUUUGCCAUUUUGUGUUGCCUGAUAAAAAUGCUGUCCUUCAACCACCCCUUGAGAAUUUCCAAAUAAGGCAAACCAGGUGCAACACACUCUUUUUCAGGUUCUGAGUCAUUAUGGAAUAAAGCUGAAUUAUAAGUUCACCCCAAAAAAGAAUAUAUAAAAGUACAUAAUAAUGGUGAACUUGAAGUGCUACACUGUAGGUCAAUUUCUGUUUAAGUUUGAAAGAGUUGCCUGGGUUACAACUCAUCCAUUUGCACUCUAUGGCCACUUUCCAUUCAGCCCAAAAUUCCAGAAAUUUCUAUUAGAAAUCAAAUGGAGCAGACCAUUUUGGUUCGGUCUAACCAGAAUAUUUGGGACCACCCUCACAGGUGGUCCACUUUGACUGGUCUUGUCUAUUUGACAAAAGUAUUGUCCCUAGUACUGCUCUUUAGUAUCCUGCUUACAAGAACAAUAACCAAACACGCGAUGGCUUGGGUGAGCUUGGUCAGGUCGGGUCUGUGCAACUGGAAUUUACAGUUCCAAUGGGCACAUGGAAUUUCUGAAAUUUCAAACCGAGAAUUUUUGUUGAGUCGAAAGCGCGCUAUGUUUUUGUACAUUUGUCUUCAAGACCAUUCACAACAUGUCAUGUAUCAUUAACCAAGAAACAUGCUUGUAAGGAAGGAAAAUCUUUGGCUUAACCCUUUAGGUAUGCAUAUAUUUGCAGAUAUUAACGUGACAGAGAUUAUUUUGUAUCAUAAUUAUUUCAAGUUUUUGUCGAGUAGUAUUAUUUUUUAAACAUUUUUAGUGAUUUGUUUUGCAUAAUCAUUGAUAGAAUUUGCUUGAUGAUCGACUAAAGCACCCCAACAGUGCUGUUGUGAUGGCUUGUAUACAGGUCUUCAUCAACUUCACAAAAGACAUUGACAACCUAGCUGAAGAUGUUUAUAAAAGAAUCAAAGGUUUGUGUGGGUUUAAGGAUGGGUUGGCCUUUUACUUCAAGUCUUGUUGUCCACACCAUUUUUUUUUUUUUUUUUUUUUUUUUUUUUUAAAAACAUUUAAUACAGAAAAACACUUAUACGAAAUAGAUACUGUAAUGGCAUGACUAGACUUUUAGCAUAGCUGCCAUGGGAAAUGGUAUUGAAGUAAAAAUAUUACCAGAAGAUAGAGACAUUGAAAAACUCUGCUCCAUGCUAAGUUUUUUAAACAGAUACUUCGUUUUUUAAUCUGUUUUGAUUUAAAAAAUUGAUUCCGUAACAUUAUAUAUUACUGAUGAUCCUAUCAUAUCAAACAGACAUAAAGAGUUAAGAGUGUCUUAAUGAAAGAUGUUUGUUGAAUUCUUGAAUUUUCGUAAGAGACAACAAAGAAAGAGAAGAGAUUGUAAUACAAGGGUAGUUAAGUGUAUAGCAUGAAGAGAUGACAGUUUUGAAUGUGUCUUGUACCUUUUCAGGUCCCCUGAUGACAAUUCUCUCUUCAAGUAACUCAGAGUUGGUUUAUGUGUGUUUGUGCCACAUAGAUGUACUGUUGAGUAAAGUUCCUAAGUUGUUUGAGCAGGAGUACCGUUCCUUUUUCUCCAGGUACGGAGGGGGCUUAAGGGAAUCAAAGGCUUGGCUGGGUGAUAUACACUGUACUAAAUAUUGUUACUUCCUCCAUUGUGUUUCACCUUAUACUGUGUUUCUUUGCUCUUUAUACUGUGUUUUUUUGUUCUUUCUUUUUUAGGCAUGCUGAUCCUCAGUAUAUUAAAACAAAAAAGCUUGAAAUCCUGACAACCAUUGCAUCAGUUUCUAAUGUUGAGGAAGUUGUUACUGAGUUGAGGUAGGUAUACAAAAUAAAUAUUUUAUUAACUGAGUUAGGAUGUGAGAAUUCUUAAGGGGUUCAUAUUUUUGUUUUCAACCAACUGUUUAAUGAUGAUGAUUUUUUCAUGUUUUUCUUGAAUUUUACAGUGCCAAUGUUCACGAUGUGGAUGUUAGUAUGUCUAAGGAGUCAAUCAAGGCCAUUGGUAACAUUGCUAUGUGCCUUCCUCAGGCAUCAGAAUACUGUAUUGAUGUUCUUCUCUCCUUUCUCUCCUGGGAGGUUGAAUACAUUACUUCACAGACUCUUGUCAUUAUAAGAGGUAAGUGGUCAAGUUAGAAAUUUGAAUGGGAAUGAUUGUGAUUUGUCCAAUUGGAAUUCUAUCAGUUUUGACCGUUUUAUUGUUAUUGCGAAGGAAUCAUGCACCAUGAUUAAUUCUCACCAAAGUUAUCCUCCCCAUCUUUAUCAUUAUCAUCAUUUAUCAUCUUAGUGAUCAUGAUCAUUGUUAAGAAUAUCAGUAUCAUAUCCUUCUCAUUAUUAUUAUCAUUUGCAACAUUAUUAUCAUUAUCCUCAUCUGUCUCUUCUUCAUCAUCAUCAUUAUCAUCACCAUCGCCACCAUAAUCCUCAUUUUUGUCAUUUUCCUCAUCAUCUGUAUUAUCCCUAUUUUGCUAUAAUUCAUAACCAUAAUCGUCAUGUUCUUGCCAUCACCAACUCCCCUCAUCAUUAUCAUAACCAUCAUUAUCCCAUCAUCAUCAUCGCCAUCAUUAUUACAUUGAUCAUCCUGAUCAGUCUUGUCACCAUGACUUGAUCGCUCAAUCAUCCCCCCGGGGGGUACUCCCUUAUAUAAGCUGACAUACAGGUAUGGUAUUUGCACCAUUUUGGUCUGAAAACUAGUUACUGUCAUAAUAAUAGUGGUAUGAAAGAAAUCUUAUCCUUUUUUGCAAUAAUGCCUUUGACAAUACCUGGAUCAGACUUAAGCCAGUUUUAGACUCUAUCCCUGACCUUUCGUCAAUAUUUUAGCUACUUAAAGGAGUUGAUCUUAUCCAUUUUUAGUUGACCUCUCUUUUCGUGACCACUUUUUUUCCUGCCGUCAGUACUACUUUUACAUUUGCUUUUUGCAUGUUAUUAAUAUGGUAAUGUUUGUGUUUAUCAUAGACCUUUUGCUGAAAUAUGAGAAGUCAGCUAUUGCUGUUCUGCCUCAAGUGGGACAGUGCCUUGAAAUAGUUCAAGACCCAAAGGGAUUGGCAGCAAUUAUCUGGAUAAUUGGAGAGCAUGGACAGGUGAGAGAUAUGUACAGACUCAAUCAAACUUUGUUAUUAUGAAUGUUAAAGAGGACAAAUUAUUAACAAAUAAAGAAACUUGUUUUAUCAUUCACUGUAUAACUUUAUGUGUUGCAUAUAGACAGGGAUUGUAUUGAGAUUAUUUCUUCAGUUCACUUUUAAAAUUAUUUCUGUGAUCUAUCUGGAUAAGAGAAUUGAAUAGUGCUUUACAGCAAGAGCUUAUGUCGAUGUACCCAACAAAAUUGGUAGGGGUAAUUCUUUUAAGAACCCAUGAAAGAGGUCUCAACAUUGACAUGCAUCCUAGACUAGCUUUUGGUGCAUUUGUAAACAAAAAAUUUAGUAACCAGGCAAUCCAAAAAUAAAUAGCUAUGUAUAGCUGGGUAAGCAUACAAAGUCCUUGUCAGACUGACUGCAGGUGAAAUAAAAUAUGUUACUGAGCUGCUUUAUUUUUGUUAUUAUUUAGUCAAUUCCUGACAGUCCUUAUAUGUUGGAGCCCCUUGUGGACAGAAUUGCAUUAGAGAGUUCAGCAGAGGUAAAAUUACAGCUUCUCACAGCAACCAUGAAGCUGUUUUUUAAGAAACCACCAGAGUGCCAAGACAUGUUGGGCCGACUCCUCAAGUACUGUGUAGGUAAGAAUUACAUCUGAAAUAGGCAUGGUGAGCUUCUUAAUAGCCUAGCUAAGUUUACAGGCAUUGCAAACACCAAACAGCAUUAACAAACAACAUACACAUAAGAAUAAGACAAGUUUAGUUUAGUUUUAGUUUAGUGUAGAUAACCAAAGUUACCAGACUGUUUGCAAGAAACCCGUUUAUCGGUGACCAGUCUGCCUAAUCUGUGCAGUGUGCCAGCAUACUGUCAGUAGUUAUUUAGAAAUAAAAUGUUUCAUUUUUUAGAUGAAGAAGUGCAUAUGGAUGUACAUGACAGGGCCCUAUUGUAUUAUAGACUGCUCAAGACUAACACGAAAGAGGUAACAACACACUCUGCAAGGUUACUUGUGUAAUACUUAUAUUUGCACUUUGCCAUUUCAGUUCCCAAUAUUGUAAAACGUCCAUCCAGUUAUUGUGUUUAAUAAUUAACUCAGGUGCUGUUAUAAUUAUGUCUUUGCAUAUAUGUAUACACUGUACAGGCUGAGAGAGUUGUCUGUGGUUCAAUUAACAAACCAGCCACUAAUCCCUGGAAUUUAAGUACCAGUGCAUCUAAUUCAAAGGUAUAAUGACAUUGUUGUUUUGUUCCUCAUUAUGAAAAAGGUUGAAACCCAACAUUUGAUGAUUGUAUUUAACAGUUUAUAGUCCCUUAAAUGUUGUCAGGGAUAGAGCAAGAUAGUGAAGCUGUUUGUCAGUAGGCACAAAAAUUGCCACCACAAUAAAUAGAAGGGAGACAUUGAGGGACUACAGACUAUGCCCUGCAGGGGGCUGACUGAUUUGGGGUUUAAUAUUAUUGUGAAUUUAUCUUUCUAACAUACCAUAUUUUUGCUUUUUCCAAACAAACUUAGAUAGUUUAUUCAGACAUGCCCUUGCUUCAAUGAAAUAUUGCACUCUGUACAUUAGGCUGUAAACGAAUGACUCUUGUACAAACAUCUUUCCCACAGCAGUCUUUUUUAACAUGUAUAUUUUGUUAAAUUUAUUUGUUUGUUUAUAUGUAAUAUGAGCAAGUUUGUCAUUUGUGCUCACAUAAAGUAUGAUUUUACUGAUGAUCAUUACAAAAUGAAUGUUGUCGUAGGAACAGCUGUUGGAUGAAUUCAACACACUCUCAGUUGUUUAUGGACAGUCAUCAGUUCUUUUUAUCACCCAAUCUGUUCCAUAUAUCAAAGGACAGCCAUACAUAAAAGGUGAUGAGAAAAAAGUUCAUUUGUACAUACAUAGUACUCAUUGGGGGAAGGAUGAAAGAGAGAAUUUGGAUUCCUGUCAGUGCCCUAAUGUCACAACAAGUUUUUCCUUUCACUCUCUUCUCAAUCUACUUCUGUAAGUUUACUAAUUAUUAUUUUGUUUUGUGUUCUUAUCCACUUGUUUAGAUGAAGCACCUUCAUAUGACAGGGAAGAAUUAGAAGAACAAAACGAGUCUUUGGAACAUAAUGUUGCUGUUGGCAAUCUGCUGGUAAAUGGCCUUGAGAUGUACUUGAGACAACUAUUAUUCCAUUCAAUUUAACCGAAAGCUACAGUAGAAUUCAUUGCUAUAUAGUAUCCCUAGGUUUUUAAUAUUUUUUGAUAACGGACCAAAUUUUACUGCCCUUAAUGUUUGAAGGGAGAGGAUGUUGAUAAUGGAAAACAAGAUGAACAUCUUGGAGAGAAAAGUAUACUUGAGUUGACUGAAAAUCCAUCCUUAACUCCUGCAAUGUUUGAACAUCGGUGGAAAUCCAUUCCAGAGAGGUAACAUUACCUGAUAAAUUUUUCAAUUGUUGAAGUUUAAAACUACAAGAAGGAAAGUAUGGCAACAUCACCAUGUUUUUGAACUUUAUUAAUCUAGUUAAGCAAUUUCCAGUUAUUGUCCUUGUAUUUGACUACAACAUUUCCUAACAUGACCCUUUUAUUUCUGAAUAUUCACAGUUCUUGUUGGGCAGCUGCCUUGAUGAAGGUUCCUUCCUCUCCCGAUGAAUUUCAGCAACACUUGUUACACAGUAAAAUAUUAUUAAUGGCCAGCAGUCCCCCUGGUCAGCCUAUUCAAAAAUACUUCUUCUAUGCACAAGAGGUACACUAAAUUUGUCUAUGAUAGUAAGAUUUUUAUCAUUGUGAAAGGGCAGGGGAGGAGGGGGGGGAGGUUAGGGAUUAACUUAAGCUUAAGCUAAAAUUUUGUUGCAUCUUUCAAUUAGGUACAAGGACAAACUGUGGUCCUGGUAGAAGCUAUUGUUGAUGUAACUUCAAAACUUCUUAGGGUGACCACAAAAGUGGAGGACUCAUCUUUAACGCAACUGUUUGAUCAAUAUCUCAGAACUUCCCUUGAAAAGGAAUGGAUAGAAUCUAAAUGA